UAUUUAUACACAAACAACAUGAAACAAGUUAUCCUGACUUUGGCCCUCUUCGGCUUAGCCGCCGCCGGUAGCCUAGGCAACAAAUACAUCCCAGCCAAUCAGGGAUACCAGGCCAACGCCAACUCCGGUUACCCUGCCUCCGGAGCCGCCGCCGGCGCCUACUCUGGCGCUUACGCUGGCGCCCAGGGUUCAGGUUCGAAUCCCGCCGACGCUUCUGCACCAAUCUUGCGCAUGGACAGCGAAAUCGACGAAAAUUCCUACAGAUAUGCCUACGAGACUGGUAACUCGAUUGCUGCUGAAGAACAAGGUCGUGAUGCUGGAGACGGCAACACCGCCCAAGGUUCCUUCUCUUACACCGCCCCUGACGGUCAACAGAUCUCCGUCCACUACAACGCCGACCAGGGCGGUUUCCAGCCCCAAGGCGCCCACAUCCCGACCUCCCCACCAAUCCCGGCCGAAAUCUUGAAGGCUUUGGAACAAAACGCUGCCGACGAAGCCGCCGGCAUCGUCGAUGACGGUCAAUACAGGGCCGAACACCAAGGCGAGGGUGCCAAGGGCGCUUUCCAAGGCUACCAGAGCCAGGGCGGUUACCAGAACCAAGGGAACAAAAACAACGGCUACAAAUACUAAGCGGUGAUACUUGAUUUUUAUGUAGAUUAUAUUUUUUUACCGAAU